AUGGCUCCCGCCACGACAGCCGCAACAAUCUUUGAGGAGUUAUCCUCUAUCCAGCCUGGAAUGAUCGACAAAGAUCCACAAGCUCGCCGAAAUGCCCUUAUUCUCUCGCGAAAACUUACAGCAGAGCUUAAAGGUCCAACGAAUGCGGCAGUGGACAUGAUGUUUGCUCCAUUUAUACCGUCGGCUUUGCUCCGUGACAGCAAGAGCCCCUUGUCAACUGCAAAACUCGCUGAGCUCACCGGCGGAGACGCUCUGCUCCUGAACUGGAUCCUCCGUCUCCUACCAUCAAUCAACUUCGUCGAAGAGUUAGGCCCGGAUCUUUGGAGCACAACGCCCAUCACGAAAGCAAUGGCCAAUCCCAACAUCGCAGCUGGCCAUCGAUUCGUGUGGGAUACUAUGGUCGAGGCCAACGUAAAGUAUCACCACUUUUUGAAAGAGACUGGUUUCAAAUUGCCGGUGGAACCUACGGACCAUGUCAUUCAGUUCGCUCAUGGGAAAAAGUAUAGCACCUUUGACUAUCUGGCGAAGCUUCGACCAGAUCGCUUUGCCGAUUUCCAUCUCUUCAUGGGCAAUACUAUGGGUGCGAGAAAUUAUUGGGUUGAUUGGUACCCUGCAAGAGAGCGACUGCUGGACGGAUCUGAUUCGAGUUCUGGCGCUCUUCAGGUUGAUGUGGGUGGUGGCAAAGGACAUGACCUCCAAGCGUUCAUUUCCAAAUUUCCAGAAACAGAGGGCAAGCUGGUCUUACAGGACUUACCGGAAGCCCUGGCCUCAAUCAAAGAUGGCACACUGAGCCCUCGGAUCCGUCAGCAGGGUCAAGACUUCUUCGCUCCAAACAAAGAGGCCGGAGCUCGUACAUACUUCAUGCAUCACAUCCUGCACGACUGGAGUGACAAGUAUGCCUUGAAGAUCUUGGAGCCUAUUGUGAAGGUCAUGAAGCGAGGCUACUCGAAGCUGUUGAUCCACGACUUAGUCUUACCGGACGCCGGAAUUACAAGUUAUCAGGCAAGAUUCGAUAUGGCUAUGAGGACUUUCAACGCUGGCAUGGAGCGAAGCCGAUCUCAAUGGCAGAGCCUGCUGGGUGCGGCAGGCCUGGAGGUUGUCCAGUUCUGGCACGGACCAGACGGUGAAGAUGCUGAUGGGAUUGUGGAGGCCGCGCUUAAGGAGUAG